CCAAUUUAACACAUGCUUGAUCCUAUUUUACACGAGUCAGAGUUACAAUCUCUCUGGAUCUUCAGUUCUUACCAGAAUACAUUACGGAAACAAGCACACGCACACUUCGCUCGUUCUUGCUCUUCUCCGACACCAUUUCAAACGAGCCAAAGAAAAACCCUAAAGUGUGAAAUUGAUGGUUCAUCCUCAAAUCAACAACUCUAACUUCCCCGUUAAUUUUGACACAGGUCAUGUUCGUCAUUCAGAUACUCGAACAGUGAAGAGAUUCAGUGCAGGACACACACUUUCCGAAUGAAUUUAUAAAAUGUCGACUCAGGGAUUUGACAAGAACUCAGGUCCUGGUACUGGUACUGGUACCCAAAAACAACAACCCUCCUUUGGUUUCCGACCUCCUUCCCAAUCACCAUAUACAUGGUUCAAUGCUUCUUCUCAAAAACCCCAAGUUCAUCAAGGUUCUGCACUACAACCUAUUAAUCCAUCACGUAACCCUAGAACCGAGUCUCCUGCCAAAAAUCAAGUUCAAGAUUUGAAAAGAACAAGAUCACCACCUUUACUCCCGACCUAUAAAGACAUCCUGCAAAACUCAAGAACUGUUGUAGUGAGGCCUUCUGUAUCUCCUCCAAGAUCAACUGCAAGGCGCAAUCCUUACACUGAUCCAGAAAAUCAUAUUUGGUCUCCACAAUAUACUGAUCUUGAUAAACCUGAAACACCUGCAAUCAAUCCAAGUGAUAUCCCUGUUCCAAAACGGAGCAGAUUACCUUUUACAACAUCAAAUGAUCCUGUUCUUGAUGACAGUGAAAGAGAAUUGCAAGCUAAAGCGAAAAGAUUGGCCCGAUUUAGAGAUGAACUUAGUCAACCUGAGUCAACCGAUAAAAACCAAAACCAAAACCAAAACCAAAAGAGGCAGCAGGUUGAUCAGUUGGGUAUGGACAAAAGAAAGUUUAUGUUGGAAGGUUCAGAUAUGGGAGGGCAUUUACGUAAUAGCAAUGCCAAUAUACAAACUGAUUCUGAAGAUCAAGAUUCAUCAUCCACUGUUAUAACUGGAGUUUGUCCAGAUAUGUGUCCAGAGCAAGAAAGAGCAGAGCGAGAGAGGAAAGGAGAUCUUGAUCAAUAUGAACGUGUGGAUGGAGAUAGAAAUCAGACAACUGAAUCUCUUGCAGUUAAGAAGUACACUAGGACAGCUGAGAGGGAAGCUGCACUGAUAAGACCAAUGUCAAUCCUGCAAAAGACAAUGGAUUAUCUUUUAAACUUGUUGGAUCAAUCCUAUGAUGAUCGAUUUCUUGGUUUAUACAACUUUUUAUGGGACAGAAUGAGGGCAAUUAGGAUGGAUUUAAGGAUGCAGCAUAUCUUCAAUCUUGGUGCUAUUACCAUGUUGGAACAGAUGAUACGGCUUCAUAUAAUAGCAAUGCAUGAAUUAUGCCAAUAUACAAAAGGAGAAGGAUUUGCAGAGGGAUUCGAUGCACAUCUCAACAUUGAACAGAUGAACAAAACAUCUGUUGAGUUGUUUCAGCUGUAUGAUGAUCAUAGGAAGAAAGGAAUAGAGGUGCCUACAGAAAGAGAAUUUAGAGGUUAUUAUGCACUUCUCAAAUUGGACAAACAUCCUGGCUAUAAGGUUGAACCAUCAGAAUUAUCACUUGAUCUUGCCAAGAUGACACCUGGCAUACGACAAGCUGAAGAAGUUCUAUUUGCUCGUAAUGUAGCCAGAGCCUGUAGAACUGGCAAUUUUAUAACCUUCUUUCGUCUCCUUAGGAAAGCAACCUAUCUUCAAGCAUGCUUAAUGCAUGCUCACUUUGGCAAGUUAAGAACUCAAGCACUUGCUUCUCUACACAGUGGCCUACAAAAUAACCAAGGCAUACCAGUAACCCUAAUUGGAAAGUGGCUCGGAAUGGAGGAAGAAAACAUGGAUGAUCUUUUGGAAUAUCAUGGAUUCUCUAUAAAAGAAUUUGAUGAGCCAUAUAUGGUAAAAGAAGGACAAUUUCUAAACACUGAUAGUGAAUACCCUUUAAAAUGCUCAAAACUUGUUCAUCUCAAGAGAUCAACAACAAUUAUGGAUGAUGUUUUAUCUUCUCCGAUUCCAAUCAAAACUCCCGAGCCUCCAAAACGGGUCCCACGAAAGGCUUCUAUUCAAACACAAGUCAAGUCACCGGUUUCCCCAAACAAGACUCAGAGUUUUGCUGAGGUCAUCCGUAACCGCAUGGCGGAUUAUGGCGGCAGUCCGUCUGUCAAAGAGCCGCCGGUUUUCACGAUUCCGGUGGUUGAAAGACGGAAUGAUGUGGAAGUUGGAAUCGGAACUCCUUCACCUCGGAAUAUCUUUAAAAAUAUCUUUAAAAAUAAUAAACCCGAUGCAUCUCAAGAAGAUGUUAGGAAACCGAGUUUUGAUAAUCGGUUUCGGAAUUCUCUGGAGAAGCAUACCCCGCCAAAUGUAUUUGCAAUGCCACCACAAGUUCCGCCUAUGGUGGACCCCGUUUUGGUUGAAGAUUCAGUGGUGGAGGUGGACCCCAUUUUUGUUGAGGACAUGGAACCAGAAGAAUCUGAAAAUGUGAUUCAGGAAGUGGAAGAGGAAAUUGAUACUUGUGUAGAUGAAGAAGUUGCUGAGGCGAAACUUAGACUGAUAUUGAGGCUAUGGAAACGGCGUGCUUUUGUAAAGAAGGAUUUGCGUGAGAAAAAACAACUGGUAGCAAAUGCUGCAUUAAGUUCUUUGUCAUUGGGUCCUCCAAUGAGGCUCCACAAAGAGCAAUCGAAAGUCCAUGGCAACUUCAACAUUGACAAGGCAAUGUCAGAAAGAUACGAGAAGCAAGAACAAAUGUGGUCACCCCUUAAUGUGUCCAACGUGGUAGGACCCACACUCGGGGAACGUAACCAAUAUCCCAGAAUCAUUUGCUGGAAAUUACUAUUUUGUCCUUCACAAGUCUCCAAUCAAGAAAACCCAGAUCCACACUCAUGGUUACAUCAUAAACUCAUCCCGGAAAACAUCAGUCAAAACAACGAUUUAGCAGCAUCUUUUCCGGGCCUAUCGAUAUGGAAAAAAUGGGAUUACAGAAAAUCAUCCAGUGACCCAACUUGUUACUUAUCAGUGGUCAAAAAUGUAAAAUUCGAUAACCUUCUAGAAGAAUCUGUUUCGGGGGCAAGUGCAGUCAUGUUUUUAUCCUCUGAACGUGUCUCAUGGGACACUCAAAAAAACCGGCUUCGUGUCCUUACAUCAUCUAUUCCUUACGGGUCCCGUUUACCCCUUCUGAUCAUAAGUUUCUCACAGGAAAAUCGUUCAAAAAUAAUCGAAAAAUUGGGACUUGAUGAACUCGAUAAAUCAAGAAUUGGUUCGUAUUCAAUUCUUCCCGGGUUUUUUUUCAGUGAUAAGGAUUUAAAAACGGGCCUGGAAUGGCUGGCAAGUGAGAGCCCGUUACAGCCCGUUGUUCAUUGUGUAAAAACACGUGAAUUAGUUAUGAAAAACUUGAAAUUUUCAUCCGAUUUAUUACAAAAAACGAUCCCCGAACAUUGUGUUUCGGUUAUCAAUCGGGCUGUUGAUGAAUCGAUUAAGGAAAUCGGGAAUGCCGCAAAGUCAAACCCGGUCAACUGGCCGUGUCCUGAGAUCUCGCUACUAAACGGGAUAGACUUUGAACCGUAUUUGCCGAGUAUCGGGUGGAGCUCCGGGAAACGGGUCGACCCGCUUGUUCAAGCGUUACAAGACUGUAAGUUACCGAUCCCGGAUCAUGUAUGGAGUCGGACAUGGGAUGAUAUCGAGAGCCAGCGGGUUGGGCUUGAGGGGUUCAUGGUGGGCUACUUGGGCCCGUUGAUUGGACCAUUGUUGGCCCGAAAAGAAGCAUCGGCUUUGAUCCAAAACCAUGUUGGGCUCGAGCUAAACGGUUCGAUGUAUUCUCUUGUUCCGAAUUGGGCGAUGAUCUUUCGGCGGGUGUUUAAUUGGCGGUUGAUGGGUAUAUCCAACGGUCCGUAUUCAUCGGCAUAUAUUUUGUCGGAUCAAAAUUAUUCAUUUUUUGAUUUGGAAAGUUUUGAAGGUGAAGUGUGUGAUGUGGUGACUCCGUCUCUUGAUGAAAUGAUUGAAGUUAGUUGUUUGGCAUCGAGGGUGGAAUUGGGAUUGGGGUAUGGGGAAUUGAGCUGCCGGGAACCGAGGUCGGAAUCGGAAUUGGGUUAUGGGGAAUUGGAAGAGGUGGUUAACGGUGAUGAAUUGAUGGAAGUGGAAGGGGGAAAGGAAAAGGAGUAUGUGGAGAAUGAGAGGAGUUUAAGUAGAUUGUUGGAGAAGUGUAACAUAGUGCAGGAUAUAAUUGACAAGAAGUUAUCUAUAUACUUCUAAUUGAGUUAAGAAUUGAAUUUUGGUAAUUGUAAUUUUUUAUUUU